AUGACGUACCAAAUGACUAGUCUCGACGACAGUGUGCUGAUACAUCAAAACAUGAUGCUACUAGAAAACGUUACCAAUCUAGAACGUCCGGCUAUCGACUAUUACCAUUGCGAUAUAACGUGGAAUGACCCACUUGCCAUGCCGCAAACUUGGAACGUGCUCCUGCAUCUUGGCAAAUAUAAGCUGCUGCGACUGCCUUCGUGCUCUGCUGAGAAUGAAACUGACUAUCAAAUGUACGUGAAACGGCUGCACCACUGUCUAUGGCGCCGCUGGUCCAUCUCUUACUACGGUUUGGCAGGCAACAAAGUCGACCCCAGCGCCGUCAACUGGAAUAAAGAACAAGACUUCACAGUACUAUACGGGCCAGACCUCACUCUAGACGAAGACACGUCUGUGAAAUCCCAGCGGAACGCCAUCCAUCAUGAAAACAAUGAUGGCCAGAAUUUUGCCAUGCAGCCAAAAUUUCCACUCCCGCUAGUAUCCAAAAAUGCAGCUGACGACGAAUUGGACGAUUCAGCAGGCUGUUUCUCCUCAUCGCUCGAGUCCCGUGACUCGUCUAUUUUCGAUCAUAUCCCAUCCAAAUCUUGUAUGAAACACAGCGAUUCGUGCCAUCGUGGCCGCAGGCGGCCACUGCAGUUCAACGAUCAAGUGCGGCGUCGGGAUAUAGACCCCUUUGGCUCUCUUUAUGAACACAAUAUCCUUUUGAACGACUCUCAGAUGCCAUUUCCCGGUGAUAACGAGUCCGAAUUUGAAUCAGAACCAGAGCACGUCCAGUAUUCCAUAGAAACGUGGGAUUCUGAUAGCGACUUGGAUUUGGACUUCGUAUGA